CACUCAGUUUGUCUCUCUUCAAGUAGCAAUUGGACAGAAUACUUCCGGUUUCAGACACAUUGUAUCUGUAGAAACUGCAAACUACUCAGUGGGAAAGUAAGCAGAGAGCCGAGACUGAAUAGCCAAAGAAAGCGGUGCUGUCUGGACAACUUUUCUGCCGAGACCACUAACUCAUCAGAAAAAAAAAAAAAAAAACAGAAGCUGAGCGUCACAGGUCUGGGUUCUCUGCUGUACCUCGCUUGAUCCUUUGCAGUGCAACUUGGAUUUCAGAGAAACAUUAUUUUUUCUCAGAUACCGGUACAGUGAUUAAUUGGGCAGAAGACUGUCUUUACGAACUCGUUAAGAUAAAUCUGCUUAAUUGAAACCAUCUCAAAUCACUAUAAUAAAUUAAAGAAAACUUCAAAGCAAGUUGGGUCAUUUUUAAAGGUUUCGGACUACAAAAAAAAAAACAUUGGCUGUCUGCAACAAGUUCUAAGUUGGCUAACCUAGACAGAAAAAAAAAUACUUAAUUUCCCCCAUACAACACUCGUAUUGCAAAUUUGAUUUGACCAUUAGAAUCAGCCAUACCUAUGGACCUGGAUUGACCCUGCGUAUUUUGAGCAGCACUUUCGUUUGUGGGACUGUGGACACACACAGAUCGAACUCGCCGUCUGUGCAGCACGGCGAGCUGGGGCUCCUUGACUGGGCGAUCAGAGCUGUGAAGAAGCGGGCGACUGACAUUAAACUGUUUUUCAGUUUUAAUUGAAAAAGUCAGCAAACCCCUAGCCGAGGAAGAACUCGCUGAAUUAUGUCGUGUGUAAAAAAAAUCGACCUGAUGGUUGGAGUUUUCUUACUUUUUCAGACCUUUGGAAAUCUGUUUCAUCUAAUUCACGGUGAAACUACCAAGGAAGGAAACGGAGUAUUAUUCACACAUCUCCUGCCUCAAACGGACGAGAAUGUUUUGGUGAAUUUAAGACUUUACAAUAACAGAUGGAAAAGACAGGACUGGUCCUCUCCAAAGUCAGUGGAUAAUAACAGAGCCAGUCAAGACCAGGACACAUCAGACCCUUGGAGGCUCCCAGACUUUCCUACAGAAGAGGACAAUGACAAUAACACUCAAGUCGAGAAAGACACAGAUCACAACUAUUACAUAUCAAAAACAUUUGGACCAUCAGAUUCCACAAGCAAAGAGUUGUGGGUCAACAUUGAUCAAAUGGACAAAGACAAAGUGAAGGUUCAUGGGAUUUUAUCAAAUACUCAUCGUCAAGCUGCGAGAGUGAAUCUGUCGUUUGAUUUUCCGUUUUAUGGACAUUUCCUUCGUGAGAUCACUGUGGCAACCGGUGGUUUUAUCUACACAGGCGAUGUUAUACACAAAAUGUUGACAGCCACACAGUACAUAGCACCGCUGAUGGCGAACUUUGACCCCAGUGUGUCUAGAAAUUCAACUGUAAGAUACUUUGAUAAUGGUACAGCACUGGUUGUCCAGUGGGACCAUGUCCAUCUGCAGGACAAUUACAGCCUGGGCAGUUUUACCUUCCAGGCUACCCUGCACAAUGAUGGGCGCAUAGUCUUUGCCUAUAAAGAUAUUCCCACUUUGGUGACACAGAUCAGCUCUGUCAAUCAUCCUGUCAAAGUGGGACUUUCUGAUGCAUUUGUGGUCGUCCACAGGAUCCAGCAGAUUCCAAAUAUUCGCAGAAGAACAAUAUACGAGUACCACAGAGUUGAGCUGCUGAAGAUGAAGAUUACAAGCUCGUCAGCAGUUGAGAUGAUUCCUCUCCCUACUUGUUUGCAGUUCAGAAGCUGUGGUCCCUGUAUCUCUUCCCAGAUUGGAUUUAACUGUAGCUGGUGUAACAAACUGCAAAGAUGUUCCAGUGGGUUUGAUCGUCAUCGGCAGGACUGGGUAGAUAGCAGCUGCAUUGACGAGGCUAAGGAAAAGAUUUGUGAAAAUUUCCCAGAAGCCACUGAGCUGUAUCCCUUUACCACCGCUACUGUUCCCAAAACAUCACCCAGACUCUUAACGACCAGCACUGCGUCUUCAACAUCACAUCUUCCGACCAGUAUCCCAACGGAAGAUGAUACAAAAAUUGCACUGCACUUGAAAGACCACGGAGCCUCCCCUGCUGAGAGCACUGCUGAAAAGAAAGGCUCGAUGCACGCUGGCUUGAUAGCAGGCAUCCUUUUAAUUGUUCUCAUCAUGGCAGCAGCAAUCCUGGUGACAGUCUACAUGUACCAUCACCCCACGUCCGCCGCCAGUCUCUUCUUCAUUGAGAGGCGCCCAAGCAGAUGGCCUGCAAUGAAGUUCCGAAGGGGCUCUGGCCACCCUGCAUACGCUGAAGUGGAGCCAGUUGGACAGGAAAAGGAAGGCUUUAUUGUAUCAGAACAGUGCUGAGAUGUCAACAAGGACAGCUCACUUGUACUGGCAUACAGGUGUGGGGGAUUUUGCUGAAGUCUUUGAUAAACCAGACGCGCUAUAGCAUACUGCUGCCCUCUGAAGAAAGACUAAUGGAUCAAGCCUUGAAUUAAAAAAAAGAAACUCUUCUAUCCAAGAGAACCACUACACAGUAGUCUUCCUUAGUGACACGGAAACAUGUAUCACAGAUUAGACCAAGGCCUACUGGACAAAACUAGAACCUGAGAGGGUCUGGUUCACAGAGAUCAAUCAUCAUGUGAAUCUUGCAUUUCUUAUUGCCUUGGAGCUCAAUUACAACAGAAAUCCAUAGCUCACUGAAACUUGACAUCCACCUGUGUCAGAACCAUUUAGGCAGCCGUUUUGAGUAGGGUUUUUUAAGGGAUUUAGGUAACCAGAUAUAUUUUAUGUGUCUAUGACAGUAUGGGGGGUGGAAUAUAUUUUUCAAAUGACAAAGUUAUUUCACAUUUUUAGUUUCGAUAAGGCAUUUUGCACUCAUACGUAUUUAAAAGGGUUUGGGAGAGGUUUUUUUUUUCUUUUUGGAUUGUAAUGACAUUAGUUUAUUUGAUAUGUUUUUAAUAGUUGUUUUCCUUUUUGCUAAACAGCAAAAAGGAAGGGUACCAGUAGUGACACUCUUUAGCGGCAACUCUAGCUCUAACCAAUCAGAUGGGUGGUUUGGGAUUGCAUGAUACGUCAUAUCUGGAUAUAUCUGAGUAUCCAUCAACAUGAUUUGUGUGAUUUAAUAUCUUAUACUACUUGAUCACACACAUAAGUAACAAGAAGACUUGUUAAUCCCAAAUUACAUUCAAAACAUUUUGGCCUGGUUUUAUUUGGUGCCUGUAGGGGUAAUACAGUUCUUGAUAUUUAAUUCUGUAAGAACAGAAAGUUAAAGGGGGAAAAAUUAAGCUUUCAGAAACAUAAGGCAAUUUCAUUAAAAGCAUAAUGAAGGGUUGCUCUACUAAAUUAACACAUCUUUCAUUGCCGUUUAUUUAAAAUGUAACUAAAAAAUCUCAAACACAGAACGAAGCAAUAUAUGUACAUUUCAAUUUUGUAACCUUUAAAUCAGCUCUCUAUUCAUGAAUGAAAAGGUAGCGUUGAGAUGUACAAUUCCUCCCAUUUCUUUCCUGGUCCAUAAAUAACAAUAUUUUCUUUAAUAAAUGAACUGCAUAUACUGGACUUACACUGUUAAA